UCGACACCGUCGCCAUGCCACGCAGAAAGAUCGCCGCCUGCAUCCAUUGCCGGCAGAUGAAGGUAGUAUUCCGUUGAUUAGUGAUUCUUGAUAAAUCCUGAGCUGUUCUUGAUUAGUUGCGAUGUGAUGCCCCUCAGAGGUUUCCUGCCGCUUGCUCGAGAUGCGCCCGGAAAGAGCUGGCCUGUUCGGUCGACCCGGGCUUCAAGCGAAUAGCACGCAGGGAGUAUAUAUCCACCGUUGAGCGCGAGUUUCGCUCGAUGAAGGAGCGCCUGGAUGCCACGCCCGUUGAAGAGACAGCGCCGUCAGCUCCGUCAGCUCCGUCAGCUCCGUCAGCGUCGCCAGAGAUCAACGAGAAUCCAUGGGCGAUUGAUUCCUCAUGGCCAGACUCUGUUGCUUUGGACGGUAUUAUUCUCGAUCGCGAUACUGUGGCUGACCUCGUCGCAGAAUUCUUUCAUCAUUACCAUCCCCAUUUCCCCAUUCUUGGAGAUGGAAGAGACCUUUUAAUCAGCCAGCCACCGUCGUCGCUUCUCUUCUGGACCGUCAUGAUGAUUGCCAGCAGGACAUGUCCCGGUCGUCGACCGCUGUACGCCUCACUAACAGCGGCAGUCCGCCAGCGCGCAGCACUCAUGCCAUCACCACGAGAACAGUCCCUACCAGUUAUCAUAGCUUUACUCUUGCUCUGUUACUGGCCUCCGCCCUUUGAUGCGAGGGACCAGGACGAUUCCUGGACCUACGCGGGGAUGGCGGUGACAUACGCCCUGCGUCGGGGGUUACACCGGCCCUUGCACGCGGGUGAUUUCAUUUACCAGCCCGAGGGAGACGAGAUGGAGACCCGACGACGGACCACAGUGUGGCUGGGGUGUUUCAUUGUUUCUCAAAGUGUUGGAGUCCUUCAUGGCCUCCCUCCCCUCUUACAACCAAACCACUGCGUGCGGACGAUGCUGGCAUCCCCGCCCGUCUGGCUACCCCCCGUGCUACACUUUUAUCUGCGCAUCGCCCACGAGACACACCGGGCGUGUAGCAUGCUAGGAGAUGAUCUGGCGAGUAGCAACGGGCUGUUGUCCCGUCCGGGGACCCUGAUGCGCAUGUUAGACGCCGAUUUGCGUGCUUGGGAGGCCAGCGAGGGAGCGCACUGGUCGCGGGCGUGGAGGCAAUCCCUCCUCGCCACGAGACUGCGCGUGUAUUGUUUCGCUCUUGUCGAUAGCAGCGAUGACGGCUCUCGGGCUCUGUUCUUAUCUUCUGCAUACACGGCUGCGAUGAGCGUCUUACAGCUCGCGAGCGAAUCGCAGGAUCAUGUGCCUUACUGGUCUAUCUUCCAGGAAAAGGAGAUUCUGGAUAGUAUAUUCGUUUUACUGAAAUUAGUAUCUCAGCAGGGUACCGAGAUGGAAAACAUGUUUGAUCGCGACGCUGCCCGCCGUCUCAUCGGACAGACCUGGGCGCUGCUCAAAUCCCAAUCGCAGACGCCCCGCGAUCAUCUCGGGCGUAUCUGUGCCGUGAUAGAUUUCCUGCUUAACAAGGAGAGAAAUACCGACGAGGACGGCCCGGCCCGGCCAGGACAGCAAGUCACUGCGCGGCUGAGUUCGAACGCGAUGGUGGAUGGGAUCUGGCGGGCGCGAGAUCGCUUCAGUCAGGCUGUUCGAGCGCAGCGGCCGGUGGACUAUACGGCGGCGAGUGAUGCUGUCAAUGGGUUGAGUGGGCAGAAUGAUGCGUUUCUGCAUUCGCCGAACUGGGAGGCGAUGCUUAACGAGUGGGCGAUGGAUCUGGCGGAGUUUGGACUGUAAAGGAUUCCUACUAAUGGUAUUGUCUGUAUUCCAUAGUAAUAGUUCCAUGUAGAAUUGAUUUGAGGUGUUGUAG